GUAGAUUUGAGGAGCUGCCCUUCCUCCUUCCCCCUCCCCGCUUCCCGCUGGUCCUUUGGCAUCUUCCAGACCAUGUCCACUGGGUCCCUCAGUGAUGUGGAAGAUCUGCAAGAGGUGGAGAUGCUGGAGUGCGAUGGCCUGAAAAUGGAUACUAACAAAGAGUUUGGGGCGUCCACCGAGAGCAACGAGGAGGGAUCCAAUGGCGAGAAUGGAUCCCCUCUGAAGGGGAGAGGGGCCUCGGGCAAGAGGAAAAAAGCUCCCCCCAAGAAGAGCCCUUUAAAUGGAGUCAGCCAGGAGGGAAAGCAGGUCCAGAGAAAUGCUGCCAACGCCAGGGAGAGGGCAAGGAUGAGGGUCCUUAGUAAAGCCUUCUCCAGGCUUAAGACCACCCUACCCUGGGUGCCCCCAGACACUAAGCUUUCCAAACUGGACACCUUGAGACUGGCCUCCAGCUACAUUGCUCACCUGCGGCAGAUCCUGGCCAAUGACAAGUAUGAAAAUGGCUACAUCCACCCAGUCAACUUGACUUGGCCUUUUAUGGUAGCCGGCAAACCCGAGAGUGACCUGAAAGAAGUGGUGAACACAAACCGCUUGUGCGGCCCGACGGCAUCCUGA